CCAGCACCAUGUGGUAUGGGUUAGUAUUCUGGCAAAGGGUACCUAUAGUAGUAUCUCAGUGUGAUCCAGCACCAUGUGGUAUGGGUUAGUAUUCUGGCAAAGGGUACCUAUAGUAGUAUCUCAGUGCAACAAUUGCUUGUUUGCUCAUGUAUUUAGUUUUAUUUAGUUACUUAUGCAUUUCACCUGAUUUGUAGUGUAGAUUCAGCUUAUGUUUAAUGACAUUAUUUAAAAUACAAAAACUUUAUAGAAAAAGUCACAGGUUGCGUUGUCUCAUUUGUGUAUCUGACUUUCCAAUUAAACCAUGAUUUAUGCAGUAUUGUUCAGCAUUUAUCGAAUGUUUUAUGUUGUCACGAUAUUGCUCAUUGUAUAAUAAUGAUAGCAUGAAUGCAUUUUUACUUUUCAAACUUUUAUUAUCUAGAUUGAGCACAGAAUUCACAAUGUAAUACAUAUUUAAAUAGCAUGUAAAGAACACAUUCUUUAUAAAAGACACAGAUUCAGCACUGCAAUUGAAAACUACAGUUUUUGUGAUAUAUAAAAACAGCUUAUGACUGUAAACAUAAAUAGCAUGCCCUUAUAUUUGCACAGGGUUUCUUGCACGGUUUCAUUAACAUUAUCUGCAUGAACACUGCUACAAAAUGCUGAGCCCCCAAGACAAUUUCAAAAGUUCCAAGAAAUGUAACAGUUAAUGUAUUCCCCUUUCUCCAGUCAUCAAUAUUUGAUACAGCCCACAGCAUUAUCCAUCUAAUAAAAAUAAAUGACUAUAGAAACAAAAAAACGGUAGGAAAAAAAUCGUAUCAAAAUGGAUUUUCAUCUGUAGUGAUGGUAGAGCCCAGACUUGACAUGGUCUAUAAUUAUUACAGAAGCUUAUCUAACAAGUACAGUGCAAUUGUUCCACUGAGCACCAAGAAUGCCCAUCACAAGAGACAAUGCACCUAAAAGUAGGCUGCACGCAUUCUUAAAUGUAUGUUUUUGCAUACCAAUAGGAUAUUUCAGUUAGGUAAUUGACAUCGUAUAUAGUGCAUCGAUAAUUCAAGUGUAAAUUCAUCAACGUAUGACAGUUGCGUGGGCAAUAUAAGUACGUUUUUCCUUUGGUAACCGUCAGGGGAGAAUGACAUCACCGUUCCUUACUCGGAAGAACCGCCAGACAUUGAGAGUGAUGAUAAAAGUUACGUCAAUUCAUAUCUGAAUACAAAUGAAUUCAAAGCAAUGAGUCAAAUGAUCUAAUAAAUGGGGGAAAAGCGUACCGCGAAAUGUAUUCACGCAGUACUGUAUCUUAGACCCACAUGUCCUAAAGUAUUUUUUGAAUUGAAAAUGUUACUCAAUCUCUGUGACAUAAUGUUAUGUCACCUGAAUUCAGAAGCACAACAUUUUCCUUAGCCAACAUAAAGUACAAAUAAUAUAUGUCCUUUGAUUUUGGUCAGAUUCCUUAUUUUUCAAAUCCCUGUUCCUAACAGUCUUGCUGCAUGUGUGGCAUGUUUAUCAUGAUGACAUGUCAGUGUGCACGCUGGACCUCGGCGCUCUGGGGCUGACUGGCUGGCAUCCAUUUUCUCAGUGCAAAUAUUCUGACAGCUUUCUCUCCUCUUCGGGAUCAUCUAAAAUGGAUAAAUAAAUUCAAACGUUAGUGCAUUGUAAACAUUUAGUUCAUAUUUAGAUUUUUUUCAUUAUCUUUGAAUAGUCCAACAGUUUUGCUUAUGAAUAACUAAAUUAUACAUACUCAAAUUGUAAAUAAACUACAGCUUACACCAACUAUAGUUACAUAUUUAUAACCGCAAUUUACCUGCUGAACAUUGUUGGGGAAAGUUGACAAUCAACCGUCUAUACUCGCAACCAAGUUUGUUUGCUUUACUCAUAUGCUGCAUUCAAAGCAACUCGAAACUGGGAACUCCGAAAUCUCCGACUUCAGACUUCAGUGAGUUCAAAAACAACUGGGAACUCGGACAAAAACGAGUUCCGAUUGAGAUUUUUUUUUUUGAACGGUCAUUCCACUCGGAAUUCGAACUCGGGAACUCGGGCCUCUUUCUAAUGCUCCGACUUUCCGACCAAAAGAUUACCGACGUCAUGAUUUGACUUCGUAUUUUUCCGAGUUCCCAGUUGUUUUGAACGUGGCAAUAGUGAUGACGCGUACCUGUGAAGCUUACCGGUUGCUGGUUUUGUCUUUGCAGUGUCUCGCACCUACAGGUGUCGCUUUCUGAUGAAGAGCAUGAGGACGGUGAUUUGUAUUGCUGUGCAUACAAAACGUUUACAGUAGACUUUUCUAUUAAACUCCAGUUUAUCGUAAUAUCUGUUGUCUCGAUAGCCAACCGUCCAGGUUUUAUCCAUCUCGUCCCCGAUCCUCCGGAGGCGGGAGGCGAGCGACUGGGUCCCGGAGCAUGGUGAGGGUCCUUGGGCACAUAUAAUUGAGUCACCGGGUAGAGGCAGAGGCUGGUCUAUCGGGAGCCAGCACAUGUUCUCAAAAAAUCUAUUUAUAUUUAUUAUCUGUCCUUGUCCCCUCCUCUUAUCCACUCAUCGGCAAUAUGAUCCUCUUUACUGUACGGAUCAGAUCUGGACUGUGUUGUUUCGCUCUCUCUCUUUCUUAUAUUAUUCAUGAUUAAAGAGUCACAUGGUGUGAGGGGUUUACAUCAUAUUCUCCCAAAAGAGAGAGGUAAUCAUUAACUCUUAAAAAACCGUCGUCUCAUUUUAUCCGCAUAGGCUUUUGUUUGAUAUAAUGGUCAAAGAGAGGUCUAGUUGAAUAAUCAUAGGAUUUAAAAUAAUAAGUAUAAUACAUUUGAGAGUACUGUACCUAGAAAGUAUACAAUCGGGAUCAUAAACCUUUUUCUUUAAUAAUUGUGUAUUUUCAUUUAAACUUUAUUCAUUGUACACGUUAUUUUUUGUUGAAAUUCAAAUAUGAAACAAUCCACUAUUACAGACCGAUGCGCCCAUAAUAAACUGAAGAAUUACAUUUUGUGGAACUAAUCUGAUAGCAAAGUCUCUAGUCGGACAGGUUUGGGUACAGGACUUCACUCUUUUUUGUUUUGAAAUGGGCUAGCUACAAAAAUGUUAACCCUAUCGCUUUGUUAUUUUGUCUAAAAAUAACAAGUUAAAGAUAUAUGUUGUUGUAACAAUGGUAGAAAAUAUGGCAGCGUUUACAGAGCGUUUGAAGCAAGAACUGACAAACAACAUACCAGCACAUUGAUUCGGGGAACAGUGAACGAGAAGAGGACCAACCACAAUGUAUCGAUAGCCCGAGGGCUUGCUUGGUGGAAGGACCAGUCCCUUGUUGGAGAGGAUUCAAGAGGAGAGGAUACGAAGGAAGAGACAAUACCACAGUGUGAAAGUUAACAAGGCAAACAAAUUGGUGGAUCAAUUCAUUCAAAACCUGGUAAGAUGAUGUCGAGGAUGAUCAUGACAAUUCCACCAGUAGAGGUUCCACGGCGUGGGCCGUCCUGACGUAGGACGAUGUGUUGUCAUUUAGGAUGUGUCUGGAGAAUGGUUAUCACCACGGUACCGCUGUCUCUGACUCCCCCUGUUGGAAGAACACACUACGAGACUGCAGGAAUUCUGAGAACACUGUACGCUCCAACUGGGAGGUACACAUCAGGGGAUAUGAGACUGUGGGACACCCUCCACUAGGACUCUGCACCCCCCUUCCUGAGGCCCACUUCCUUAGGCCCAGCCCACUUGACUGCAGACCUCAGCCCCAGAACUCACAUCAGUCACGUCUGGUGUGGCUUCCUAUGGCCAUGUGGCUCUGGUCACAGGAGGAGUCUAUGGUCCUAGUACCAGGGGCUGAGGGGAGAGGAGUAGACAGUAGCCCCACGGUGACCCUCUCUGCUGGGGAGACAGUGUACCUGCUGGCCCCUGAGGACCUGGAGCCCCGGGUGCUCCAUACCAUCUACGGCCUCCCAAUCAUCUGUCUGGACGCCUCAGUGACACACGCUGCCCUGGGGGUCAAGAACUGUGGCUGGGACAUGAACGAUGGAGGCAAGGGUGAGGGUGUUUUACCUGCGCACCGGCUCCUCUGUGACAUCACUGUACGCCCACCACAUGGGCGUGACCUCCGUGCAGGCAGACGAUUGGAAGAUUGUGAGUGGCUGAGGUUGAGGGAUUGGUCUGCUUCUGGGAGAUGAGGAUGGGAGCCAACCUGUGGAAGGCACCCAGUCAGACACGUCCGGUUCAACACUAGCUCCCUGAUGACCACCAACCUCCCAGACAAAAGUCUCCACGAGGG